CUGGCGCGGUGUCCGUCGUCAUGUUCACUCUGUGUAUGUCGCGUAGUAAUCCCCAUCUAGCGGACGCACAGCAGAACAGAGUAGCCAUCAAACAAGUGAAAGGAGGAUAUCUGCUGAGAUACCGACGUGGUUUUUUCUGCCCCAAGUGGAGUGAGGAGUGGGUGGUACUCUACGAGGAUUCCACAUUGGCGUGGUAUUCAGACAAGGGCCUCAGCAGACCGAAGGGCUACAUCAGAAUAAGCGAAGCUCCCGAGCUGCUAGCAGUAGGAGAAUGGACGAGGCAAGUACCGAGAAGGCCAAGAUUUCCACGAGCAUGUCGCAUAGGUCAAUUGCUUGCCAUUGGAAGCAGAGCUCUUCGAGAUGUGCAUUGGCUUAUGGCCCAAUCACCAGCGGAAAUCAAUGACUGGAUGACAGCUAUCAGCAAUACGUUACCGCCUCCGCCGCAUCUGCCUUUGGACGACAAAAGACUGUCACUGACGCCGCAGCAACAACAGGACAUCGUCUCUAACAAACGUCAGCAAUUAUCCAACGGUUGUGCAGUGGCUGUAAGAAACGGAUGCUGCCACCAAGAACGCAGUUCCACCACCACCACAGAAACUUCCCCCCCAAAACAGCACAGCAGCUAUGGAGCAGACCACACCGUCCUCUCCGGUGUCUGCAUCGACUGGGGUCACGGAUGGGGAUGGGGCCAAAACUCGUGGGCAGCCCAUGUUGGGACACUGUGCGCACAUGAAUCCGCGUCCAUAGUACCAGUUGCUUCCUCCGUCUACUGUCAUUCGGCUGAGGACUAUACUGUGGGAGGAAUGGACGAAGUGGAUUGGAGCGCUUUUGGAGAUUUCAGUUUCUAGAUCAGGACUUUGAAGGUCCCAAUACAGGCUUAUCCAAUUUGCGGGUCUCAUUGUGCCAAAACUGGAUUACCAACAUUCCUAGAUUCGGCGACGAGUGAAUGAAUAAAAUGAAAACAGAAAAAUGAAAUGAAGUCAAGUCUAAACUAUUCGAAUAUUCAAGGACCACACUUUUUCAAUCGUUCCGAUAUGAUACGCCAAACACUUGAGUAUUGAAGUUGAUUGAUUUCCUGUGAGAUAAUUCCCACCAGAGUACAGUGCAUAUGGCUGGAUCUGCUGAAAAUUUCAGUAACGGAAGAUAAACAAAAAACUUGUUUUCGAAGACUGAGUUUGUCAACUCCAUAUAUUUCACAUCCAAACUUAUUGAUUGGAGUGACAAAUUCAACAACUAAACGUCUUUCCAUGGUAGAUGGAAAAAACAGAAGAAAAAAGGUCCUUUCUUGUACAUAAAUUGAAUAUUUUCUCAAUUGCGAUGGAACGUACACCAGCGAUAUUUCCGUUUUCUGAUUUUUCUAACUGGGUUCAUAUUUAGGAAUUUUUUUUUCCAUCUUCCAUAUGAAGAGUCUGAUUUUGAAAAAUAUUGAAUUUUCCAAUAUUUAAAACCUAUUUCCUUAAAGAAAUUUCCAAAAAUGUUUCUAGAUAUGCACUGUUCUCUAGGACCUCGAUAAAUUUGAAUGUCAUGAAAUUGCAAAUGUGAAUUAUUGUUCACUACUUGAUAAAUUCAGUUUCAUUUAAAAAUCCCUUGAUGUACAUAAACCAAACUCC